UGUUAGGGGGCAGCACGUAAUGAGUAUGAAAUGGGAGAUGCUGUCCACGAAGGGGCGGACAGGAGAGGUGGUCCCUUCAGAGGAAUGCCUUUCUUAGAAUCAGGAUUAAAAUACUGUGUUUUGACUUUGAGUAUUUGUUCUCAUCAAUUUUCUUUCAAGAGGUAUUCUCUACAGGGAGUAUUUCGACAAUUUUUUAAGUGGUCAAUCUUGUAUUACAAUCUUGUUACUUAAUUGGCUAAACUAAUCAGCGCGUUUUUACUAGAAGGUGCCAUGAGGCUAACUCUAAACAUUUUAUAUAGGGACUCAUUUUAAAUAGAGACUGUAUAAUAAUACCAGCCUUACUUAUUAUUACAGCCCAUUGUAAGCAAUUGAGUAAGCGCAAGAAUGUAUGGAAAGCCAGGACAUUUUAUUACCACAAUAAACAGCAUGUACAUUUUCAUCUUCAGUGUACUUUAAAAUUUUAACUAAUUGUUCAUCACAAUGAUGUUGGUGAGCAUCCUUCUAUCUAGUUUGCAAACGAGGGAAGAAAAUCUAAGGCUCACCUUUUUAAAAGCGCGUGAUUUUGGGUCUAUCAAUUUGUGAUGGAGAUGUGCUGGACCUGACAAGUGCUGAACAGCUGCCACUCAUUGUUAGAAGUUAGGCAUGACAGCGUCUCAAUUUGUACACCUGUACAAUGAAGGAACCAAAACCUGUGACCAGCUUCUGGAAGUAGCUCCCAUGACUUCUCUGGCACCACACAGUAAGUCAGUGGUAAUACUGGAACUUAACCUUGGGAAGUCCUGUAUUUAUGGACAUAUUCAUAUGGAUACAUAAUUGGUAUACACACAAGUUGGAAAUUCUGUAUUUUAAGCACAAAGUUUAUAUAACCUCAAACAAAUUGCUCUCAUGAAGUUUGAAAUGGGUUCAAUUAUUAAAUUCAAGUGCUUACUUUCUAUGUUUUCAUAGGUCCACUCCUAAAUCAAAAAUAAAUAUUCACUUUCUUUGUUCCACUAGUUUUAAAGAACAAAAAUCCCUAUAAUAACCUAGGAAACUUAACAAACCUAGGUUUCUUAGGUUUCUUAGGUCUUGCAUCUUGUGCAUCCUUACCUUUUGUGCUUACACUCCUAUUUCUAUUCCCUUUGCCUUGCUGACAGACCAGAUAAGAAAAAUCAAAAUACCAUGUUUUAAAGCUCUAAUGCAACUGGUAAACUUGGUGGAGAGAGAAUUUGAAGGUGAUGAGCCAGAAAAGAAAGGAAUUGUUACUGAGACUACUUGCUUGGCUGUGGUAGCCAAAUAUGUAUUUUAUUGGUGCCUAGCGGACAGGACACUGGAUGGAGAUUCGAGAGACCUAUUUUACCUCUGCAGUUGACCCUAGGGAUGGAACACAUAAGCAUUAUGAUAAUACAAAACAACAAUUUAACAAGAAGAGAAAUAUGCUGUAUUGUAUGUUUGGUCUUCUUGGGUUUUUUUGUUUGUUUGUUUGAACAAACUGGUUUAACAACCUGUUUCUGUAGAGAUCAUUGAAAGGCAGAGACAAUUAUUCAACGGGGCAAGAGCAAAAAGGACCGGAUACUUGCGAAGAAAUGUGUACAUCCGUCAGUGACUGAGAAGAAUGUCUGCUUGCAAAAGGAUAUUGGGUACCAUGUUUGAUAACUGUUGAUCUUCAGUAAUAAAGUCCCUUUAAUUUCCAACAGAUUAAAAUAUCACAAACAACUGCCCUUUUGUAAAACAAAGCGAGGGAAAAACAAUCCUACUUGGCAACAAUGAGGAGUAACAGUGAAGAACAAAUGUGCAUGACACAUCGUUUGAGGAGAAAACUAUGCAAUGCAAUGGCUGCUGGAUCCUGCUGAGUUUACAAUUUAUAAAGUUCUGGAGGACUGGGAAUGCUACUGAGAAGAGGCACAGCAGUCAGCACUACCUUUGUAUUUUCACUUCUGUAAGCUUCCAGGAAGAGUUAUGGGAAUCCGCCUACUUCGCUUCACUUCUGUGGUGAUCAUUGUCUUGCUUCUUGUAGCAGGUGCUUUAACAGCGUUGCUUCCCAAUAUCAAAGAUGACAAAAUGCCCAAUUCAAGAAGGGAACCAAAAACUCAGAGUCAGUCUGCCUUGGAUUCAUUUACUCUUAUUAUGCAGACAUACAAUAGAACUGACUUACUGCUAAAACUUUUAAAUCAUUAUCAAGCCAUUCCCCACCUGCACAAGGUAAUUGUUGUUUGGAACAAUGUUGGUGAGAAGAUACCAGAGGAAAUGUGGAAUUCCCUGGGGCCUCAUCCUGUCCCUGUUGUCUUUAAAGUUCAAACUGUAAAUCGCAUGAGGAACAGACUCCAGAAUUUCCCUGAGCUGGAAACAAAAGCUGUUUUAAUGAUGGAUGAUGAUACUCUAGUCAGUGCGCAUGACCUUGCUUUUGCCUUCUCUGUUUGGCAGCAAUUUCCAGAGCAGAUAGUGGGAUUUGUUCCUAGAAAGCACAUUUCUACUCCUUCAGGUGUAUACACUUAUGGCAGCUUUGAACUGCAGAACCCUGGAUUUGGAAAUGGAGAUCAGUAUUCUAUGGUUCUUAUUGGUGCAGCAUUUUUCCACAGUGGAUAUCUAGAGGAGUUUCAAAAACAGCCAGAAGCUGUUUAUGCCUUAAUAGAUGAAACUCAAAAUUGUGAUGAUAUUGCCAUGAAUUUUCUAGUGGCAAAGCAUACUGGAAAGUCUUCAGGAGUGUUUGUGAAGCCUGUUGAUAUAAGAAAUUUAGAAAAAGACACUAACAGUGGCUAUUCUGGAAUGUGGCACCGAGCAGAGCAUUUGUUACAGAGAUCUUAUUGUGUAAACAAACUGGUUAAUAUUUAUGAUGGCAUGCCCUUAAGAUAUUCUAAUAUCAUGAUUUCUCAGUUUGGUUUUCCUAAUUAUGCCAAUCACAAAAAUAAAAUGUAAACUAAUCUGGUUAAGAGGGCAGAUGUUAAACAAUGCUCAGUGAAUUGUCCUAAGUGCAAGGAUAAAUAAAGUAUAGAUCACUGCCUCUUGGUUAUCCAUAUUCAUAGCCUCUGAAUUUUUUCCAUAUGGCUUUUUAUGUAUUUUUUUUCCUUUCUUAUUAAUUCUGCAAACUAACGCCUGUAUGUUAAUGUUUAGGUGUAAUAAAAUUAUCCUGUUUCCUUAAAACCGGAGAAGCUUUUACAGUUAAUUACAGGCCAGCUCUUCAGAAACAUGCACACAAAAAUGCACUCUUAAUUAGGAGUUUUGAUUUACCUUUUUUUUUCUUUUUGUAAUAUAGGUAUCUAGUCAAAUGAUGUCUAGGAAUAUUUUUGAUAGUCACUUGUUGAGACAACUCCUGCCUUUUCCCUUCCUCUCCCUUCUUGCCUCCCUCCCAAGUCCCCAUGAAACUACAGAAGGGCUACAGUAAGCUGUUGGCUAGGCUUCGAAGCUCCUGUACAAAACCCCUUUGAAGUUUGUGUAUAAGCUAUUAUUCUGUAUUCUGAGAUGUUCCUGAAGCUGAUGUGAAGGCAAACCAGAAGAGUACCACACCUUAAUCUCAGUCCUAAAACCACUGCCUACAACAUCUGCUAUUGCUAGGAUAGUGGAUA